AUGGCCGGGUUCACUUACAUCAUACUGUUAUUUAGUUUAUACACCACAUUUGCCAAAGACUGUAUCAUUAACCGGGUGCCUGAACAAAUGGCCUUCGAAAAACAGCUCCGAAAAGACCUCAAAUGUGGCUACCACGUUUUCGACCCACCUUUUGGAAACAACACAACAUCAGAUAUCAAUGUCAGAUUCAUCAUGAAGCGAUUCUCUUUUAACAGUGACGAAGAAAUAUUCUCCAUGCAAAGCUGGAUGUUUAUAUCAUGGAUCGACGAGCGACUGAAAUGGGACCCUGAGAAAUACUACGGGACUACGGAAACUGAGUUGACCUCCAUGUCCCUUUGGACUCCUGGCUUCCGACUCUUCAACAGCGCCGAUUCCAAUGAUUUUGACCGCUACUACUAUGUUUGGUGUCGUGUAAGGAAUACUGGUCUUGUUAGUUGUGUGCCUAAGAUUACCCAUGAAGCGUUGUGUAGCGUCAAGCUGACUAAUUGGCCUUAUGAUCAGCAGGAGUGCAAACUUGAAUUCGGGCCCUGGUCUUCGAAAUGGUCCAAAUUUAAUAUGAACUUUACUUCGCGUGCUAUUUCGAUGCUGGGGGCUGAGUAUGGAGCGGAGUGGUUCAUAUCUGACUAUCGGCAGGAGGCGAAUUUUAGUUCAGAGAAACAAUUGACGAUGUAUUUCACGUUGGAGAGGGAAGCGACUGGUUUGGCGGCCAUAGUGGUGUACCCAGCUAUCAUUCUGACUGCAUUAUCUAUUACGUGUUUGUUUAUGGAUGUUAGACAGAACGUGAGAUUGGCAAUGAUAAGUUUCAGUCUUUUUGGACAUUAUUACUUCUUGAGAGAAGUAAUGGAUAAUUUGCCAAAGCAUAGCUUGGAUCCUCCUAACCUAUUGUUUUAUUAUCGUGGCUCUCUUAUUUUGACUAUGUUCAUAGUUCUUUUCACUUUCCUUUUGGAUGCCAUUUGCAAGGUAAAAGUAACACCUCAAAAUUAUUUUCUAACUAUUAAUGAUAGUGUCUACGAAAGCUUUGGCAAAUAUUUUAUCGUCCCUAAAUGGAAUAUAGAUGAUGAUACGAUUAAAAACAAACAAUUUAGUGAAGAUUGGACCAAAUUCGCUAAUAUUAUUAAUUGUGCUUUCAACGUAAUUAUUAUAUUGACUUAUAUAAUUUUGUAUUGUGUGCUAAUGCCUAAACCUAUUCCUGUUAAUUAUUAA